ACGCAUCGCCCCGAAAACCGUGAGGUCCCCGGGAGCCUUCUGCCGACAGCGACAGCCAACCGUGCACGGGCGGGACCGGGAGUCACCAUCCAAGGACAACGAAGAUGAACACCGUCCAGAGCACGGGCCAUGCGACCGUUCGGAACAAGAAGGACUCGCAGUUCGAGGAAUUAACUGUCUCUUCCUCGGAAAAAAGAAAUUGGAGAGGCAUUUUUAUUGCGCUUUUAGUGAUCGCUGCCGUAUUGGGGCUAAUUGUGUUUUCCAUUCUACUUCUAUCACCAGAGAUCGAAAGCUCGAAGCUGCACGGGCGUCGAAUAUCGCUGUACGAUAUCAAAUCGGGCCGGUACGAGUGGAACACGCAGAACGGUUCCUGGAUCAAUCGGUACGAGUAUGUGUUCAUCAACGCGGAAGGUGGCCUGACGGCACUGCAAAUCACCCGCGAUGGCGGCUUCCGGUUCGAGGUGCUCAUGAACAAUGCCACCUUCCGGCAGCUCAACGUUGACAGCUACGACGUGUCACCGGAUCGGAACUUUGUACUACUGUACGCCUCGAACGGAAACACGCAGCGCUACAAUCGCAGCUACUACAUCUACGACCUAGCCGCGUCGAACGUGUUCUCCCUGUCGGCGAAGGAAUCGGACACGACGGCACCGCAGCUCCAGCAUGUCCUGUGGGCGCCGGUGGCCUCGAACGGCUCGGGUAUGGGCGUUGGUGGCGAAAAGGCGAUGUCCGGCCAAUCUUCCCACUCGUCCUCCGCUGGGUCGGCUGGAUCGUCUGUUGCAGGCUCGUCGCCGAGCUUGGGCACGGCCUCUUCCCAGGGCAUCGCGUACGUGCAUCAGGGUGACAUCUACUACAAGCCACGCGUACAGUACGAUCUUAUCUGCCGGAUCACCACCAGCGGACGGGAUGGGCCCGUGCUGAACGGUGUGCCCGACUGGCUGUACUCGAACGUGCUCGAGCUGAAGGGACCGUCAUUGCUUUUCUCGCCCGACGGCCAGUAUCUGUCCUUUCUAUCCUUCAAUCUGUCCGGCGUUCAGGAGUACCAGUAUCUGUGGUACGGUGAUGGGCAGCAGUAUCCCAAGAUACACAGUCUGCGUUACCCGAAGGUACAUGCGGCCAACCCGAACGUAACGGUGUACGUGGUGCAUCUGGGCGUGCUGAAGUACAUCUUUCCGAAACCGGUCCACGUGCCGGCGUACAUCCGGUCGACCGACAGCUACGUCGGCGGGCUCAGCUGGCUCUCGCCGACGGAGCUCUCGGUGACGUACGCGAGCCGUAACCAGAGCGUAGCGCACGUGCUGCUCUGCCGGGCACCGACGUUUAGCUGUGUGGAGAUCUUCCAAGAGAAGGCAGUGGCCAACUCGUGGGUACUGAUCGGCGAGACGCCACUGUUCAUCCGACGUCCGUCGGCGCUGGAAAACUAUGCCGCCGAUGCACCCCAGCAGCCGCCGGCCGGUUCAGCCCCGACCACGACAACGACAACGUCCGCACCGCCACCGCCACCAACGCCGCCCCCACCGGCAAUGCCGCGCCAUCUGUACAUGCUGAAGCGGCUGAACGUGCGGGACGGUUCGCACGGCUACUAUCGUCACCUGGUGCUGGUCCUGCUCGGCACCAAGCGCACCAUCACCCUGACGAUGGGCCAGUUCGAGGUGACGGAAAUCGUCGGGUACGACGAGCGGCACGGGCUCGUUUACUUCAUGGCGGCCCCGUACCACAAGCCGGGCCAGCGCCACCUCUACAAGAUACCGCUCGGGCUCGAGCAGCUCGCCUCGAUGGCGGGCGGCGGUGGCGGCACUGGGUCUUCGGCUGGCUCGAGCGAGCCGCACCAGCCGGAAACUGGCCGGCCCGGGCACAACGCGAGCGACGUGCUGCUGCUGCGCCCGUUCGGCUCCGCCGUGCCGUACUGUGUGACGUGCGGCCGGGGCCCCACCGACGGUAGCGACGGCGCGGACGGUGGCGAUCCGAAGCGCCCGAACAACUGUCUGUUCAAUCGCGUCUCGUUCAACGACGACUACACGUACUUCGUGCAGGAGUGUCUCGGACCGGAAUCGCCGUCCACCUACCUGGUGGAGGCCGGCACGGAGCGCAAGGUGCGCGUUCUGAACGACGGCAACGAGCUGCGGGAGCAGCUUGUCCAGCUGGCCAAGCCGCAGAUCAUGACGUUUAGCGUGCAGAUCAAGUACGACUUUAACGCGCAGGUGAAGCUGUUCCUGCCGCCCGGCGUCAAGGAGGACGACGACCUGCAGCUGCCAUUGAUACUGCACAUCGAGGCCGGCCCGGAACGGCAGCUCGUGUCGGAGGAGUACAGCGUCGACUGGAACUGGUACCUCAGCAGCCACCAGUCGUACAUUAUCGCGCAGAUCGAUGCGAGGGGAUCCGGCUUUCAGGGUGAGUCGCUCAAGACGCAGAUCCGUGGACGCGUCGGUAUUGAGGUCGAAGAUCAGCUGGCCGUACUGAUGUAUUUGCGGGAUAAUCUGAAGCUAGUAGAUCCCAAUCGCAUCUGUGUCUAUGGCAAGGGCUACGGUGGCUACAUCGCAAUGCAGAUGCUUGCUACGGACGCGAACCAGGUGCUGAAGUGUGUCGCCGCCAUCUCGCCGAUCGUUUCCUUCCGCUACUUUAAUUCCUUCUUCACCGAGCGUUACGUGCUGCAGCAGGACGACACCGAGCGGUCGCUGAUCGAGUCGGACCUAUCGACGAAGGUUGCCAGCCUGGCGUCGAAGAACUUCCUGCUGAUCCACAGCACGGCCGACUGCGUGGUGCACGAGCAGCAUGCCGCCCUGCUCACCCGCUCCCUCGUCAACCGGGGCAUCAUCUUCCGGCACCAGAUGUACGUCGACGAGGAUCACGAGUAUCGGAGCGUGUCCGAGCAUCUGUACCACACGAUCGAGACGUACAUUGAGGAGAACUUCGGUAACGAUAACCAGGACUGGACGUCGGCAUUCUUCCUGUCUAAAACGUAGUUCUUCCAGUGGUAGGAGGCAAAGCGAACCGAAAGAAAAUAAUACACACACACAUACACAUACAUACAUAUACAACCAUUCUCACAGACACACACAAACACAUACACAGACACCUUCACACAAAGGCAGAGAAACAUCACAACACGUUUGAUUAAUGAUAGAGUAAUGAUAAUUUAAAGAUAAAAAACAAAGAGCAAAACAAGAAGAGAAAAAUAUAUAAGAAUCUAAUAAAUGAGAAACAAGGAAAAACAUUUUGCAGCUGAGCAGGGACGAACGUGGAGUAGAGUGAAGUAAAUGACAUACAUAUUUAAAGCAAAAAAAAAACAAUGUGUGGGUGUAUGAAAAAAUUUAAAUGGAUGCAAAUUUAAAAAGGAAACAAUAAAACGAAACACGUGCACCUCCAGGCACGCAGAUACACGCAUGGCGCUUUAAAGAGAGGGGAGGAAAGCCAAUUUUUGACAGAAAAAUAAGAAGAAGAAGAAGAAGAAGAAGAAGAAGAAACGAAGACAACAACCUAAAAGUAGUGAAUUGCGCUGGCAAUUCGCAAAACAGAUAGAUACUAGUCUUGUCUAGCGUUUGAAAAAAGAACGCAAAAAACACACACACACACACUUCCCCCGGUGUUUGAACAUUUCACAUUUGAUCCUUCUACUUGUCUGCAACCCAGCAUGCGUGUGUAUGUGUGAGUGUGUGUGUGUGUAGAUUUGCGAGGCUGUAUGUGUGUAUGAGUGUUGUGUUCAUUGUGCGAUAGCUAUUUUAAACAGUCCCAGGCUAAACAAACACCAGCGAAGAGAAGACAGUGAAAUCCUACUAAAAAGCACCGAUUCACACACACACAUACACACACACGCACUCAUCAUGUUAAAAAUUUCGAUUUUUUCUUUCCUCCUUUACGUACGAAAUUCAAAUUGCCGAAAGUCCUCCAGGCUGUUUGGUGACUGGAACACUGGAUUGGAAGCAAAAAAAAAACAAAAACAAAACAAACUGUUCGAAAUGCAAAUAGUAGACACGGACGACAACUACUAAUAAAAAAAAAGAAAUAUAAAGAAAACAACAAAAACCCCCAGCACGGUACGGGUAAAACCCACGGCCGAGUGAGUUUGAAUAUUGAUUUCAACGUCAAAAACGAGAGCGUGUGUGUAAAUUUCUUUUCUUAAUAUUUUUUUUUAUUAAAUAAGUCUUUACUAAACGAACAUGUUCAAAAUCACUCACAUUUCCCAUUUGUUUUGCGGUUGACCCCUCUCACUCUCUCCCUCUCUCUCUCUUUCUCUCUUAUUUGCCUAAACAAUCACUAGAAAUUGGACUUGUUGCAUCGUUUUCUUAAUGUUCUCUCUUCUUUUUGUCCUUGUUUGUUUUUGUCACAUAUACUGCCCUACCCCCUCUCUCACCCCUUCUCCCCUUGCUUCAGAACCGUCCGUUAUACUUUCCCGCUUUGCAAAAUAACACAUUUUCUUCUUCGCCUCCUUUCCUCUGUUUUGCUCCUUUUGUCGGCAUCAGUAAUAGAAUUUCGUUGCACCUUGUACAGUGCUGCCACAACACGACGCGAGGCGUGAUUAGGAGAGAUCUUUGUUCGAUGAGUGAAGGGGGGGGGGGGGGGAGGGGUUGAUUAAGGGGAAGAGGGAGAGAGGUGUUUUACACGUUUGUUUGUUUGUUUUUUCCCUAUAUAAACACAUUUGCUUUAUCUAGUCUCCCUACUCCUCUGUACAUCGCAGCGCUAGCGAUGCUUGCGUCGCAUUUUGCACCUUUCACACCAGCUGGGAGUUGGGAGUUUCCCCCCACCCCCCGCGGGGAGGGGCGGGCGGGGCGGCUUGUGCACCCCGCACUUCUAAUGCUAAUAAGAACAUAAGAGACUCGUCGACAAAUUCAUUCACACAGCAAUGGGGGAAAGAAAACCCCUUUUCCUGCAGCCAAUGUAUCGGGCGUAUCGCAGCGACGCUCUGUGCCUUCCGCCGGAGUCGCGCGAAUAUAAUAGGAGCUUUUGCUAUUUGCUUUUUUUCCUUUUGUUGUGGGGAACAAAAAGAAGAAAAAAAAACCCAGAAAUCUGAAACCCUCCUUUUUCCUACAAAUAUGUUGCUAUACAUGGUUACAUUGUUGAUGAUCACACACUUGCCGCCCGUACAUUAGCGCCACCUGUUCGUUCAACUUGCUUUUCGUUUGCUUUUCUUCGCUUUGAUUGCUAAUGUAUCCCAAUCGUUAACACUUUUGGUGACAAAAAAAAAAAACAAAAAAAACGGACCGCUUUAUCUACACUUUGCCCCGUUGCCGUUAGGGAAAACCGAUCUCCAAUCGGUUCAGGGAAAGGGAAGAGUGAGAAACAAAUAGUUGGACAACAAAAAGAAA